AUGCGUGUGGCCUCUUUUCUGUUGUCCCUGGUGGGCGCGGCUACUGCGGUCGCAGCCGAUUCCCACGUGGCUAGAACCACCCCGGCUGUCGCGGCUGGCUGCAGUGCCCUGCAGAAGCCCCUGGGCAAUGCAGUGUUCCUUCCCAAGACCAAGGUUUACAAGUAUGAGGCUCAGAACUUCUGGUCGAACACUGAGAUCAUGUCUCCGGGAUGUGUCUUCCGUCCGAAGUCUAGUGCAGAGCUGGCGCAGGGUCUGAAAACGCUCAUUGAUGCCGAUGCCGAGUUCGCCGUUCGUGGUGGCGGCCACAUGGGCAUUCGGGGUUCCAACAAUAUCGAUGGCGGUGUUUUGGUUGUUAUGUCCAACUUGACUACUUUGCAAUUGAGUCACGAUAAGUCGAUCCUGUCGGUCGGCCCUGCUUACCGAUGGAUCGAUGUGUACAACUACCUCGCCGAUUACAAUUUGACCGUUGCUGGUGGCCGUCUUGGCCCCGUUGGUGUGCCUGGUCUGCUCCUUGCUGGAGGUAUUAACUUCUAUGGUAACCAGGUCGGCUUUGCUUGUACCACCGUCAUCAACUAUGAGGUUGUCCUGGCCAACGGCUCUCUCAUUCAGGUCAACCAGACCAGUUACCCGGACUUGUUCUGGGCCCUGAAGGGUGGUAGCAGCAACUUCGGUCUGGUCACCCGCUUUGACAUGGAGACUAUUCCCUCCCGCAAGGUGUGGGCUGGUAGUUACACCGUGGCUGCUAAGUACAUUGAUCAGUUCCUCGCGGCUAUCGCAACAUACUCCGCCAAUAUCUCUGAUGUCAAGUCGCACAUUGUGCCUGCGCUUGUUCCCGGAGACGGAACCGGAGACGCAACUCUGGCAUCCGCGAUCCUGUUCUACGACAGCGAUAACAGCACCUUCCCUGAGAUUUUCAAGCCCUUCACCGACAUUCCCGCUGAGGCCAGCACUCUCGCCUUCAAGACCGUUGCGGAGUUCGCUGCCGAGAAUGGCGAGGUGGUUACCGACGGCAUCAAUGAUGUCUUCGUUGCCGGAACCGUCAAGGGAACUACCUACGACGAGCUCUACCAGGGUAUCAGCAUCAUCAACUCUACCUUCUUCAGCCAGCUCCCCAAGCUUUACGCCCAGAUCCCCUCUGCCAACAUUUCCAUCAUCGAGUUGGACUGGCAGCCCAUCGGCGCCGACUGGAUCAAGGCUUCCGAGGUUCGUGGCGGUAAUGCCCUUGGCCUGGAUGCUUCCCAGGUGUACCUCUGCUACGCUGAGGUCGUCGAGUGGAUUGGAUCGGCCUAUGACGAUAUUGUCGCCUCUUGGGUUGAGGAGACCACUUACCUUAUCAACAACGCCACUGAGAAGGCUGGCUUGUAUGAUGCUUUCAACUACAUGGGUGACUCCGCUGGAUUCCAGUCGAUGUUCCCUGGAUACGGUGAGGCCAACCACCUGAAGUUGCAAAAGGUUGCCAAGAAGUACGACCCCACUGGUGUCUUCCAGACUUUGAUGCCUGGUGGAUUCAAGGUCUACUAA